GCGAAUCAAGUCAAAUAUUGGUCCCCAUGCAGUUACUGGGUCGCGUCCCAGACGACCAAGCAGGGGCAUGGCGAUAUAUGUUCCUUCCGAAGAACAGGAGAAGGAGCACGUUGAAUGGAUGCGUGUUGCUCUUGAACUCGCUGAGGAAGCCUUGGAAGCGGAUGAAGUUCCUAUAGGUUGUGUUUUCGUUCGAGAUGGUCAGGUUCUAGCUUCAGCUCGAAAUCGGACGAACGAGCAUCGGAACGCAACAAGACAUGCAGAGCUGGAAGCUAUAGACAGUAUGUUAUCAUCUCCUGACAUAAUCCCAACGCCGCCUCCCGAUCUGCCACUGCAAGACGUCGUUCUCUACGUUACCGUCGAGCCCUGUAUCAUGUGCGCUUCAGCUCUUCGUCAGUUGGGGAUUAAAGGGGUGUAUUGUGGCUGCGUCAAUGAUAGAUUUGGGGGGUGUGGUGGUGUGCUCGGCGUGAACGAAGCCAUUCCACAUCCAAUUUGGCCCCCCUUCCCUUGUAGAUAUGGAUAUCUACGUGAAGAAUGCAUUCUAAUUCUCCGCCGAUUUUAUCUUACUGAAAACUCCAAGGCUCCGGUACCUCGUUCAAAAGCUAGACGUGUGCUCAAAGAGGAUGUAGAAGAUGUUCACUGUGAUCAUAUCAAAAUGACUCGCUAAGAAACCUGCUUGCUUCCACUGCCCUUGCAGCUCAUAGUGUGAAGCAAGUAUAUUAUAUACAUACAUUCGAAGCUCGAGAGUGGCAACUGGUGGCAAGGCCGUUAAUUUACAAAGGCGAAUUGCUAUAUACAUCUAUUAUGUACAUAUAAUCACUUCAUUUACUUAAAUACAGA